CUCGUACAUGUCUUACUUGGGCGACGACAUGAUUAGUCAGUUGUCUUCACUGGCAUCUGACUAUGCGAGCUCGGCGGGCUCGCGUCGCUCUUCAAUGACGGGCGAGGAUCAGCUCGUCCUUCUCGGAGAAAUCGUACUCGAUUAUCAAUAGGAAGUCACAGUCGCAGCGCUACAUCCGAGCGGCAUAAGAAGAAGCACAUGCGUCUGGCAAAGAUCUUCAAGAAACACGAUGAGACUGCGGCGACGUUUGACAACGUUACCCGCGCUUUCUACGACGCAGGCCGUGAAUUGAUGGACACUCGAAAGACUGUCAAGGCAUUGGAAAGAGAAAGAGCGACUUUGCUUCACAGUGUGGCAGACGUCACAGGCCUGGAUUACCGGUCGCUCCGGAGCGCUUUCCUCGAGUCGAGAAAGGAACAAGGUGCUGUCAGAGGGGAUAACAAGAUCUCGAAUGCAGAGCUGCUGGAAGAGUGGAAGAAUAGCUCAGCAGAGGAAAGAAGCACUUGGGAUCAUCAACCCUGGGAGAGUAUGCGCUCUCGGCUGGAGCUAGAGGGACAACAGACCAGCCGAGCGAGUGUGAUUGUGCAGGAGGACGUCGAUAUAUUGAGGAGCAUCUUGGAUGAUAACAUCACCAGCUACCGGGACCAGAGCGCGCACAUGUCAUACGACAGACGGGAUAAAGUCCUCCGUAGGAUCUCGCGGAUCCAAGGACAUGUGAUCUCGCGACGAGGAGGAGCGAGUGGAUCUGCGUCAUCUUCGAUGGGAGAAAGCGCAGACGAUUCCUGGUGGAGCGAUCUGCCUUGA